AUGAGCUUCUUCCCGUUGGACGAGCUACGAUGCGGCCCCCUGAAGCCGAGGAAAUAUCCCCAGACCGCGGUCGGCACCCCGAACGCGUUUUGGGGAUACAGGUUGCACGAGAGAUCGAACUGCAGGAAGGUGCCACUGCCAGAGACGUUCGAGGACUUGGAGCAGCAGAAGACCAGGGAAUACGAACACGCGACCAAGAUCUUGGACUUUGAGGAGCAUACGAAGAGGAGGAUCAAGAGGAAGAAGGUCUGGCAACGAGUUCAGCAAGGAUUAGCGAGUUACGAGGACACGGUGAACGCGCGGCGAGAGAAGCUGCGCGAGCUAUUGUUGAAAGAAGAGAUGGGCCUAAUUCACGAGGUGAUACACCAGGCUCAGCACGGCGACGAUGCCAGGAUGGACGACAUUCGCCUGAGGGUAGAGGAGAUACGCAAGGAGGAGGAGGAGAGGCGCUUGGCACUGGUCGCUGCGAAAAGGAUGCAGCAGUAUUUAGCCCAGUGUCCAGAAAUCCGUGAAAAACUGUCGAGGAGGUCAGCGAUCGAAACGAAACUGGGCAACCUGGCUCAAAUGGCCGACAACGAAGCCAAGAAGCAGGCGGAGAGGGAAUUAGAUCACCUCUGGCACGAAUUGACGCUGAAGGAGAUCGAAGCGAAGAAGGAGAGAGAAGUGGAGGAGGCUAAACGACGUUGCCUGGCUCAGCAGGACAAUAUGACCGUCCUGGCGAAACAGGUAGCCGGGAAGUUGGUCCUCGAGGAGCAAAAGAAGCAGGUACAGAAGGAGGACAGGGAACAUUUAGAUCGUUUAUGGGCGACGCUUCGUGAAGAGGAACGUAAGAACCUAGAAAGAGAACGUCAGAAGAGGGAACGGAUUAAGAAGGAGCUGCAGGAACAGAUCCUGAUAGCCAAGAGGAAACUGGCCGAGCAAGCGCGCCACGAGAGGGAAAUGGAACGCUUCAGACACGCCAUCGUCACGGAGGAAUUAGCAAAGGAGCGAAGCAGCAUCAAAGAGGCCAGUGCAGCUCUUCGGCAAGAAUUGCUCGCUUAUUUGGAAUAUUUGGAAGAGCUGAGAAAGGAGGAAGCUAAGAGGGACAUGGAGGUGGAUCGGAUAGUGGAGCAGUCGUCGAAGGACGCUGCUACCAGGCGCACCCUUGCGGCGAAGAAGUUCAGAGAGGUUAGGGAGAGGCUGCUGCAGGAUGUCCUCCGAGGUCGGGAGGAGCAACUGAGGAUAAAGAGCGAGAAGGAGAGGAGGGAGAUGGAGGAGCGUGAGUUGGAGAAGGAGAUGAUGGAGAAGCACAUCGAGUCGGAGGCCAAGCUGGCUGCUCACGCGAGGCAGGAGGGGAAGGAGCGAGCCUUGCGUUAUAGGAAGGACUUGGAGGAGCAAUGGAAACGGAGCGAGGAUGCACGACGUAGAGAAAUCGAGGAAGAUAAACGGAUGCGCUUAGAGCAGGCGAAAGAAGAGGAAGAGUAUCGGAAAUUAACGGAAGAAUUAUUGUCGGCUUCCGAGAACGUUACUCCGCACCCGUUCAAGGUUUUACUGAAAGAAUGCGCGGCUCGUUACGCCGCGGAGCAAGCAGGGAAAUGUUACUGUCCGCCACCGUUGCACGGGGAAUAA